GCGCUUUUGUUUGCAAAAAUCCGGUUUGGGUUUUAGGUUUCGGUUUGGAUAAUAAUUAACGAUAAACUAAAACCGGUUUCAUGUAAAAGAAGUGCUUUAACAAACGGGCGGUUUGUAUAAACAAAAUGGCGGAGGUAGAAAUGAUUGGGGCUUUGCUCGAACUUUCAACUGCUUCAACUACUUCUGAAGAUCAUAUUGCUACAAUUGACCUAAUUCUUUCGAGAGCGAAAUCCAAAACAUUUUUAAUAAACAGUAUAGCAUCCGCUAGUAGCAUGAUGCGUGAACAGAAAUUUAGAGUUAUGGACUACGUAGAUGUUGUUUUGCCAUGCUACAGUAUUGAUGAUUUCAAGGACAGGUUCCGCAUAAGCAGAGAGACAUUUGACAAACUAGUAAUGUAUAUGAAUCCGCAUAUGAUCAGGAUUUGCCCGCAUCAGAAAAUCAGCACUGAAAAAAAAUUGCUCGUAUUCAUUAAGUAUGUUGCGACACAGUUGUACUAUCAAGCUAUUGCGGAUAUGUUUGGUAUUUGUGAAACUACUGUGCAUAACAUUGUGCAUGACGUGUCGAAACUGAUUUCAUCUCAUUUACUGAAUACGUUAGUGAAAUGGCCUUCAGGACGAUCGCUUAAAAAUAUUGAAAAUGGAUUUAAGGAGAUGCAAGGUUUUCCAGGUGUCAUCGGAGCUAUAGAUGCAAGCCAUAUUCCAAUAAGGACACCCAUUGAAUAUCCAGAAAAUUAUUUCAAUAGGAAAAGUUUUCCGUCGGUAAUUUUACAAGCAGUAUGCGACAACAAUAUGAUGUUCACCGACGUCUACUGUGGAUGGCCUGGCUCUGUGCAUGAUGCACGGGUGUUAAGAAAUUCGUCCCUCUUCGAAAAAGCAGAAGUCAAUGCUGACGAUACAUUUCCACAUGACACACAUCUCAUUGGUGAUGCUGCAUAUCCGAUAGCAUCGUGGUUGUUGGUGCCCUUUAAAGACCAUGGGAACUUGAAUAAAGCCCAAAAGGUAUAUAAUUUUAAACACAGUUCGACACGAAUGGUCAUUGAACGCGCAUUUGGGGCUUUAAAGGGACGUUUUCGGCGCUUGAAAUAUGUCGAGAUAUACGACCUUCAAACUUGCGUUCAUAUUAUACUGAGCUGUUGUGCCAUCCAUCAGCUUUGUUUAGCAACUUUCGAGGACCUUCAGGAGUAUAUUGAGGAAGGAAUGGCAGAGAUGGAAGACGUUAAUUGUUGGGAGGAUAUAACGCGUAAAUCCAAAAGUGGACUUAACAAAAGAAAUGCUAUUGUAGACCUGUUUCAGUGAAAACUAAAAUGUCAAAACAGGAGAGACCACGGUGAUGUGAGAACAUAAGCCACUUAAUUAAAAAAACGAAAAAAACAAACAAACAAAAACAACAGAAAACAUUUGGAAAUGAAGAACUACCGGGGGUAUAUUGUUGUAUUAAAAUAUAAACUUUCUUAUUCUCCAGAUUUUGGAUUUUUUCCAUUAAUAAUUUUAAAAGCACAUGCACUGCAUAUGAACUCUUAAGUAGAAUAUAGUAGAGAAACCUCCAUAUGUGUAAU